GGCAGGAUAGAUUUCUGUACCCCAUUUCCUAUAUAUAAGCCUCAUUCCAUACCCUUCUGCCCAAAAACCUCAUCAAGUUUCAUCAUUGGUCUUCUGAAGUCACGAUGGGUCACUUCAUUAAUCAGAAGUCUGAACUCUUUUCAUAUUGUUUUUCUUUACAUUAUCAUGGUCAUUGUGUAAACAGUUGUCCUCAUUCUGCUUACUUUGUUCUCAAUCUAUCAACAAGUCAACAAGCACUUAGGAAGUGCCUACUGUGGGUCAGGUACUGACUGCCAGAUGUUGGGGAUGCAAAUAUAAAAGAAGAAACAAUCUCUACUCUCAAGAAGUUUAAACUCUAACAGAGAGAUGACAUAUAUACACACACACACACACAUAUGUAUAGAAAGAACAAAUAUGGAGAAAAUAAAUACACAUGCAGUAAAUUUAAGGUAGUUUGGUACCAAGAAGUUAAGGAAGGUGGGGAGUAGCAUGUGGGAGAAUUAGGAAAGGCUGAUGCUUGAGUUGCAUCUUGAAGGAAGAAAGGAACUUUGUAAGGUCCAAGUAAGAAGGGAGUUCAUUUCAAGCAUUAUAGAUGGCCAGUGAAAAGACAGAGAAGCAAAAUUAUGGGUGAAGGGGACAGGAAGGGGGAAGGAGAAUAAGGUACAAGGAGACUGGAAAGAUAGGAUGAGGAUAGGAUCUUUGUAAUGGGCUUUUAAAGCUAAAUAGAGGAAUUUAUUUUUUAUCUUAGGGAAAAAAAAGGAACAAAAGGAGUUUAAUGAAUAGGGGACUGCACAAUCAAAUCUACACUUAACUGUGUGUGUGUGUUUGUUUAUUUGUUUGUUUUUGCUAACUGUGGGGAAGAUAGGCUGAAGUAGGGAGAGACCUGAGGUAGGGAUACCGAUUACUAUAUACAUAGGUACCUCAGCUGGAAUCUCAGGUCUAAUCUGAAGGUUGGAUGAUUAAAAAAAAUUACACAUUAAGGGAGGGGGAAAAAAGAUUUGAUGACUCAAUGAACAGGACAUGGAGGAGGGGACAAAGUACUGUCUAGAGGUGUGUUCUGUGAGAAGUGAGAAACAGACAAUUUUUAUUUCAAGCCAGAAGAAGUGAGCAGAGAGGUGAGACAGCUGGCCUUGGUACUAAGAGCUUGGCAAACUGAGCCUGAGGUCCUGUCCAAGCAUCAGGCAAGGUAGCCAGGAUCCACUCUGAAGCUUCUCCCUGAAUCGGAGUCUAUUGCAAAGAAGAUCAGACGCUGAUUGACAUGUUCCAGACACUGGUAUUUACCUGUGGAGACUUGUUCCCUCCCAGGGUCCCUCUCUCAGUGAGGAUGAGCAGCACCAGAGUAGACAAGAAAGACAUUUUGACUGACAAAGUGGCUUUGAUCAUCGGAUCCACCCAGGACAUUGGCUUUGCCAUUGCAUGACGGUUGGCCCGGGAUGGGGCCAAUGUGGUGGUGAGCAGCCGCAAGCAGCAGAAUGUUGAUCGGGCCGUGGAGACACUGAAGGAAGAAGGACUGAGCGUGAGCAGCAUGGUGUGCCAUGCAGGGAAAGCAGAGGACCAAGAUAGGCUAGUGACUGUGGUUGCAGAACAAUAUGGAGGUGUCAACUUCCUAGUUUGUGCUACUGGAGUUAAUCCCUUAGUAGGGAGCACUCUGGGAGCCAGUGAGCAGGUCUGGGACAAGAUUCUGGAUGUGAAUGUGAAGUCCCCAGCCCUGCUUCUAGGCCAACUGUUGCCUCAUAUGGAAAAAAGGGGGUAUGGUUCUGUGAUCUUGGUAUCAUCAAUUUCAGCCUAUGUUCCAGUUCCAAAAUUGGGCCCCUACAACAUCGGUACAACUGCCUUGCUGGGCCUCACCAAGACAAUGGCUGUGGAGCUGGCCCUGAAGGGCAUCCGGGUUAACUGUCUGGUUCCAGGUGUUAUCAACACUGACUUCAGCAAUGUGUUGGUCCAAGAAGAAGAAAACUUGAUACAGCCAACUAAGAAACUAUUUGGAAUGCAGAGGAUUGGACAACCAGAAGAAUGUGCAGGGAUUAUGUUUUUCCUGUGUUCUCCAGAUUCCAGCUUCAUCACUGGACAGAACAUUGUAGUAGCUGGCUUCUCCCCCAGCACAUAAGGCAGCCUGUCAAGGAACAUGAAGCUAUAACUUUGGGUGUUAAAUAGUACAUGUGAUCCUGGGAACUGGAUAGAAAUUGAGUAAGGGUAGAAGAAAAUAUGGAAGAAUCUCAGGAGGACUUCAUUAGCACCCAGAGACUAGAAAAGGGAAAGGAAGGAAGGAAGCAUUUAUAUAAUACUUAGCACAUGCCAGACACUGUGACUUUAAGUACUUUAUGAAUCUGAAGCUGGAGCUUAAGCAUAGCUGAUAUGCAAGUGUUCAGAGGUCCUUAAGAGGUGAAUCAUUUUCCACAGUUGUUUUCCUGGUAAUCACUAAUUUAAACUUAUACCACUGGGCUCAAGGGGAAAGUGUUCGACAGAUCAGGGAAUCUUAUCUAUUUCUUCAUAAAAUAUAUGAGCUGUUGUUUCUUAGGGUCCUUGAACCCAAUUCAAUCCCUUAAUCUGUUCCCCAGCAUGUACCUAAUCUUUACGUGUUGAAAUCUGACCAUUAAUGGGAGUCCCUAGAUAAUUAGACUAUAGUUAAAGAAUGAUAGGGGCUAUUGUUCAUUAAGGGACCUAAGAAAAGAAAAGGGUACCUUUGAAAGUACUGAGGAAUCAUUGUUUCUGUCUAUCUG